AUGCUCUCUCGCCAAGGACAGCGUCCUCAGACACCCUUUGCCUAUGCCAGUGUCCAUCCUGCUCUCCGAGGGUCCUUUGCAAGCUUGCAUUACAGCACUCGUCUACCAUACCCAGACUUGCCCGUCACCAGCGCAAUGAUGCAGAGCAGUGACUCGCUCUCCGUGCUCUCCCUUAUCUCGCUGACGCAGUUUGCGCAGUUCGAGGCACAGCUGUCUGUCAAGAGUAUCGAGUCAAUGGUGCUUCACUAUGGUGCUGCCUCUGUCCGUGGUAUGCACAAACCAUUGCCCGUCCCAGUACAGACACCAGAGCACAAGGAAGCACAGCCAACUGGUCUCAAACACUGGAUGGGCACAUUGAAGCUUCGUGCAAAGACCCUGCUUGGACGUAAAGCACCAGAAAAGGAGAAUCUUCCGCCAAGCUAUGAUUGCAAGCUUCAGCAAGCAACACGACCACCACUGACAUCUCUCUUUGCAAGCAGCCUCAGCUCAAUCAACAACCCUUUCGAGGAGCAUAAUGAAGGAUUCAGCAAAAUUUGGCGUGACAGCGAGGGAGUCCGUUAUUUAUGUGUGGAACAAGUCGAGCCUAGUUUGCAGCAGCGUGACGCCUUUUGGCAGCUCCGCAUUGAAGCGAUGCGUUAUGGCAAAGUCAUUCCCAUUCCAGUCAAGAAUAUCAUGAAGCGUUGCCGGUCGAAAAGUAAGUGCAGUGAUGGUCUCUGGACGAUAGAUGGCAAGCGGCGUAUCUGGCUCGUCCAGCGAAUUUGCUGA